GAGCGUUGGCUGAGGAGUGGAGCCAGCCAGUGAGCGGAGCCUGCGAGAGGGAGGAGCGCAUCUUGAUGCAGAGAUGCUGCAGUGGCUCGGGGCGCGCACACAUAUACUCACCCUCACCCGCCGUGCCAGGACAGCCAGGGGCUGAGGCCGACCGGGCGGAGGAGCUCAGAGGCUGGCGGCAGGGCCCUCUUACCCGCUGCAGCAGUGUCCAGCUAACAUCCUUCCUGCACUCCAGGUGUCUUUCAGUUUCCAGUCAACUCUCCUGGAGCUGGGUUUAGGCUCCCCUCCUCUGAGCCCUGCCUGGGACACCCACCAUGAGGACACCUACCAGGAAAAAACCAUGCCUGUUGCUGCUGGCCAUUGUGGCCCUGGUGUCCUCUCCAGGAUGGAGUUCUGCCCUGGGAUCCCCAGCUACCUUUGGGCCUGUCUUUGAAGACCAGCCUGUUGGCCUGCUAUUCCCAGAGGAGUCCACAGAGGAGCAGGUGACGCUAGCGUGUCGUGCCCGGGCCAGUCCUCCAGCCAACUAUAGGUGGAAGAUGAAUGGCACUGAGAUGAAGCUGGAACCUGGUUCCCGUCACCAGCUGAUGGGAGGAAAUCUGGUCAUCAUGAGCCCUACCAAAGCACAGGAUGCCGGUGUCUACCAGUGCCUGGCCUCAAACCCAGUGGGCACCGUUGUCAGCAGGGAGGCUGUCCUCCGCUUUGGCUUUCUACAGGAAUUCUCCAAGGAGGAGCGAGACCCAGUGAAAACCCAUGAGGGUUGGGGGGUGAUGUUGCCCUGUAACCCACCUGCCCACUACCCAGGUUUGUCCUACCGCUGGCUCCUCAAUGAGUUCCCCAACUUCAUCCCAACGGAUGGACGUCACUUCGUGUCCCAGACCACAGGAAACCUAUAUAUCGCCCGGACCAAUGCCUCAGACCUGGGCAACUACUCUUGUCUGGCCACCAGCCACAUGGAUUUCUCUACCAAGAGCGUCUUUAGCAAGUUUGCGCAGCUCAACCUAGCUGCUGAAGAUCCCCGGCUCUUUGCACCCAGCAUCAAAGCCCGGUUCCCCCCAGAGACCUAUGCGCUGGUGGGGCAGCAGGUCACCCUGGAAUGCUUUGCCUUUGGGAACCCUGUCCCCAGGAUCAAGUGGCGCAAAGUGGAUGGUUCCUUGUCCCCGCAGUGGACCACAGCAGAGCCCACCCUGCAGAUCCCCAGCGUGAGCUUCGAGGACGAGGGCACCUAUGAAUGUGAGGCGGAGAAUUCCAAAGGCCGGGACACCGUCCAAGGCCGCAUCAUCGUGCAGGCUCAGCCUGAGUGGCUCAAGGUGAUCUCAGACACAGAGGCCGACAUUGGCUCCAACCUGCGUUGGGGCUGUGCAGCAGCAGGCAAGCCCCGACCGAUGGUGCGCUGGCUGCGAAAUGGGGAGCCUCUCACCUCCCAGAACCGGGUGGAGGUGUUGGCUGGGGACCUGCAGUUCUCUAAGCUGAGCCUGGAGGACUCUGGCAUGUACCAGUGUGUGGCAGAGAAUAAGCAUGGCACCAUCUAUGCCAGUGCUGAGCUGGCUGUGCAAGCACUGGCCCCUGACUUCAGGCAGAACCCUGUGAGGCGGUUGAUCCCUGCAGCCCGGGGAGGAGAGAUCACCAUUCCAUGCCAGCCCCGUGCAGCUCCAAAGGCCACAAUACUAUGGAGCAAAGGCACUGAGAUUUUGGGCAACAGCAGCAGAGUGACUGUAACUUUGGAUGGCACCUUGAUUAUCAGAAACAUCAGUCGAUCAGAUGAAGGCAAAUAUACCUGCUUUGCUGAGAAUUUUAUGGGCAAAGCCAACAGCACCGGGAUCCUGUCUGUACGUGAUGCAACCAAGAUCACUCUAGCUCCUUCAAGUGCUGACAUCAAUGUGGGUGAUAACCUGACCCUCCAGUGCCAUGCCUCCCAUGACCCCACUAUGGACCUCACAUUCACCUGGACCCUGGAUGACUUCCCCAUCAACUUUGAUAAGCCCGGUGGUCACUACCGGAGAGCCAGUGUGAAGGAAACUGUUGGGGACCUGACCAUCCUGAAUGCCCAGCUACGCCAUGGAGGGAAGUAUACGUGUAUGGCCCAGACAGUGGUGGAUGGUGCAUCUAAGGAGGCCACAGUCCUGGUCCGAGGUCCGCCUGGUCCCCCAGGAGGCGUGGUGGUGAGAGACAUUGGUGACACUACUGUUCAGCUUAGCUGGAGCCGUGGCUUUGACAAUCACAGCCCCAUUGCCAAGUACAUGCUACAAGCUCGCACUACACCUGCAGGGAAAUGGAAGCAGGUUCGGACCAAUCCCGUGAACAUCGAAGGCAAUGCUGAGACUGCCCAGGUUCUUGGCCUCAUGCCCUGGACGGACUACGAGUUUCGGGUCUCAGCUAGCAAUAUCCUGGGCACAGGGGAGCCCAGUGGGCCUUCCAGCAGAAUCCGGACCAAGGAAGCAGUCCCCUCAGUAGCACCAUCAGGACUCAGUGGAGGAGGUGGAGCCCCAGGAGAACUCAUCAUCAACUGGACUCCUAUGUCACGCGAGUACCAGAAUGGAGAUGGCUUCGGCUACCUGCUCUCCUUCCGCAGGCAGGGCAGCAGCAGCUGGCAGACCACCCGGGUGCCUGGCGCCGAUGCCCAGUACUUUGUCUACAGCAAUGAGAGCAUCCAGCCUUACACACCCUUUGAGGUCAAGAUCAGAAGCUAUAAUCGCCGUGGAGAUGGGCCCGAGAGUCUCACUGCACUAGUGUACUCAGCAGAGGAAGAGCCCAGGGUGGCCCCUGCCAAGGUCUGGGCCAAGGGAGCCUCAUCCUCAGAGAUGAACGUGAGCUGGGAACCUGUGCGACAAGACGUGAAUGGCAUCCUCCUAGGGUAUGAGAUUCGCUACUGGAAAGCUGGGGACAAAGAAGCAGCUGCUGACCGAGUGAGGACAGCAGGACUGGAAAACAGUGCCCAAGUCACUGGCCUGCACCCCAAUACCAAGUACCACAUAACAGUGCGAGCCUAUAACCGUGCUGGCACUGGGCCAGCCAGCCCUUCUGCCGAUGCCACCACCAUGAAGUCCCCACCACGGCGACCUCCUGGCAACAUUUCCUGGACUUUCUCGAGUUCCAGUCUGAGCAUUAAGUGGGACCCUGUAGUACCUCUCCGAAAUGAGUCUACAGUCACUGGCUACAAGAUGCUGUACCAGAAUGACUUACACCAGACUCCUACACUCCAUCUCACCAACAAGAACUGGAUAGAGAUCCCAGUAGCCGAAGACAUUGGCUAUGCCCUUGUACAGAUUCGGACCACGGGUCCCGGAGGGGAUGGGAUCCCAGCAGAAGUCCACAUCGUGAGAAACGGAGGCACAAGCAUGAUGGUGGAGAACACAGCAGUUCGCAUGGCCCAUCCUGGCCCUGUACUCUCCUGCACCGUGAUGCUGAUCCUCAUCCACUGCCUGGACCUCUGAUCUCAGUGCUGCCUGCUACACCCAAGUUGGACACCUACCCUAAUGGACACAGCGGCUAGACACAGCCCCUUUCAAUGCCAAGGUGGUCCAACACUGUGCCUGAGAGUGGUUGGCUUAAACACCUACCCUGAACAGUACCCUUUUUGUAGGAGGUAGGAUAUUUCAUAUUCUGCCACAGGACAGAACCAUGCAAGGUUUUUUUUUUUAGUUUAAAUCGAGAGGUACUAGGCAGUGAUUUCCAUGAUGAUACUAAGCCCAGUGCCUGAAUCCCAAAGGGUCCUGAACAGAAGGAACAGGCCUGUGGUCAGAAGGGGUUUAAUACACAUCUUCAGAUGAGUAGCUGGCUCUCUAGGACCACACAUGGGCACUGCCAUCUGAGGGCAGAGUCCCAGGCCCAACAGGAACAUGGGCAGCAGUGAGCUGAAGAUAGGAAUCAAUUACUUUCCACGACAGAGGGACCUCUCCUAGUCCUCUGCUAGAGAAGCAGCAUGGCUGGCCUGGUGUGGUCCUCCAUGGCUCCCUAGCAGCCCUGCAUGCUUGGGGGCCAAGAACCACACCCUGGGCUACUGGGGAUAAGAGCUCAAAAAGGUUGAGAGGCUACACCACUGAUGGAAAGGGGCACCAGCUUAGGUCCAAGGCCAAAGCCCACUCACCAUGCAGGUGACACUGCCCUCUCAGCCAACACUGCCAACCCAACCUGUCACCCUUGAGUGACAGAGCCACUUCAGGUGGCUGAGUGACUAAAGGGCUUGUCUUGAGAUGCUUCACCCCACCAAGACACCUCCUACAUAGCCCCUCCAGGGUGUGGGUAGAAGACAUCCACCUGAAAGCCACUCUUCCCUCCAGCUCUGCUACAGAGCUGCGGCUGCCUCUGCCUUCAACAUCUGCAGGCCCUGGACACCAGCCCUCAACACAACACUCUUGAUUUGUCCUGGGAUGGGGAGGCUUCUGAGAAGGGCCAUCAACAUGGCCCUGCCUGCUUCCAGGAAUAGCUUUGAUCAAUCACCUGGCCACUUCUGCACCCCAGACUGCCUCAACUGCUCUCAAUUCUCCAGAAGAAAAAGGAAUUAAUAAAGGGGGCAAUCUACCUUCAGGUACAUUGCCCUUGACAGACCAGACCACCAGAACUGGAUAACUUGCCUACAUCCUACAUUUAACAGGAAACGGAGGUUCUCCAGGACCACAUGGUCUGUAAGUGACAGGGCUGGGUCAACCACUGGAGUCUCCCACCUGCCUAUGAGAGGCUCUGUGGAGGAAGGUGAUGCUGACUAUAGCCUGGUUACAAAGAUAGCUAAGGCUGCUGGAGGAUGAGCCCUCUAUUUCAAGGGGUUCAGGCUGGUGAGGAGGAUCAUCGAGGAUGAAUGAGCCCAGCCAAGGCAUAGGCAGAUCCCCGGAGUCCUCGGGCCUUCUUUGCCUUCUGAGCCUGGCUUCUGCGAACCCAGCAACAUAGCUGAAGCCUCUUUUUGCUACAAGAAAAUAGGCCAAAGCAAGGACUGAGUCUCCAAGUCCAGGAAUCCAAGGCAACAGGACCAGGAAACCCAGUGUCUACACCCUAGGCCCAUAGGAACAGCAGAACAGGCGCCUUGAAGAGCACUUGCCCCGCUGCUCCAGGAACCUGUUUUCUGUAGUUUAUAGUUAGAGCUCUAUUUUGUUAUGGUUUUCUAAACUUUUAAGUCCUGCUCUGUUUUCCUGGGCAGGUUUAUGCUGAUAUUUACCCACUACAAUUUUUUAAAGAUGUAAGCUCACACAUCUCCCUACCACCCCGAAACCUACCUGCCCCUAAGGACUGCUUCCCUGGAGCUGAUCAAAUCCUCCCUCUCCUGUUCCUGGCACCCCACGUGCAAGGGUGAUAGGGGUUCAGCCAUGUGAUCAUUCUCCCUCAAAGGAACCCCAAAGUUUGUCUAGCAACCCUCUCCUGCUGGCUGGGAUUUGGCUUGUCAGAAAGAGGGCGCUCAAAGAAACCUAAGGUUUAUGUAUUUCUCACUGCCUCAGGCUGCAGCAAGGGUAGUAGGGAGAUGGGUAUCCAGUGACUGGGCAGGGUGAGCUGGUUUGGCACUGGACCUCACUAGGGAAGUGGGAGGCUGCAGCCCCUAAGCUUACCUUACUUCUAACAAGGUCCAUGAAAGGCAGGCAAGCUGCUGGGAGACCCAGACAAAAUUUACUUAGGGGGAUGUGAAACUAUACCAGCAGCCUAGGGCUUCAGGUAGUGUUAGAUAAGGUUUAAUGAGACCAUAGGUGACUUGACAACAUGCAAGCUUAUAAAUGAAAAGCCUCUUGCUGAGAUAACUGGGGUAUGAAAGGUCCUUAGGGCUUUCGUACAGGCUGGGGAAACUGGUGGGCUGGCUCCUGCUGCGGUUUAUGACUGUUAAUAGAUUCCAUCCUCUCACACUAAACCACAGAGGAGGCAAAAGGGAUAGCAAACAAGUACUUUGCUCAGGCUUAGUAGCCAGGAAAUGCUCUGAGGACUAGGAAGAGGGCUGCCGGCAGACACCUCUUGAGGGUGUGGAGAGGUGCCCUCUGUUCUGCACACACAGGGACUCAGUCCUUGUCCUCUGAUGGUGUAAAUGAGGGUGGAUCUACUGUCAUUCACAGCAGCAAGAGAUCCAGAUGGUUUUGGGGGAGGGUGGCAAGGUCAUGGGGACAGGGAGGAGACUCUUUUGAGAAAGUACCAACAGGAGAGAAUUAAGUCAACAACAGAAAAACCUGGAAUGGGUAAGGGGCUUUUUUCCUGAGACUUGUGAGGAACUUUGAAUGUCACUGCUGGAUCUAGAUUGGGUGAAGUCCUGACUUGAGGGGUUGGAGGUGCUGUUUAAUGCCUUCCAGAGCCAAGGUUCUUAGAAUCAAAGUGCCCAGCACAGGAGAGCAGCUUAGAAAAAGCCAUUAAGGGGAAAGGCUCACCCCAGGAACAGUACUUACAAAUUAGUGCCUUCCCCAAUGGGCACUGCCCCUUGGCAGUCCCAAAAGCCAUCCAGCCUGUACUCUGGCCAAGAGCUCAACAUGGUUAGUGAUGUUUUCCUUCCCUCACCUUUUCCCCAGCAACAGAGGCACCUUUUCUCUUCCUGGUGUCACACAGACUGCCAACAGGGCUUCUGCAUGCCAGCAAGAGUGGUGUCUUCACACCUGUUGUCAACAUGGGUGUGAUACUGUCUCUCCGCUGGGACUGAACCUGGACAGGGGAUCCUAAAGGACUUAAAAAUGCUCACUGGAAGCAGAGCUGGAAGCAGGGAGGUAUCCCCUUGAACCUAUAUGUAUGGUCACAGGCUUUGGGAAGGCAGAGCACUAAAAGAAAACUGGAGAAGAACAAAACCAGUUUUGCCCAGAGCCCCAGAGGCUUAAGGCAUUUAGUUCCCUUAUAGGAACUCUGCUUGCUUUAGCCCCUGAGACCUCCAACUUAGCCUCCACUUCAGGACCUGCACAGCUCUGAGCUCAGGGCUUCAUUGGACCACUGAUGACAGUUAUUAUUCAAAUGCAGCCCCUCUACCCUGGCCCAGUUGCACUCUUGUAAUAGUAAUUAUUUAUUGACUCUGGUAGCAGGCAGUUCUUAAAUAAAGAUGGUUUCUCAACCUGCCCAGGAAGCUGGCAG